AUAAGAUAAGUUGCUCCAGAGAUUAUAGCAAUCAUCGAUGUUGCAGAAUCUAAUUAAUUAAGCUGGGCAAAUCAUGAAACUAAGAGACUGUUAGAUGAUAAUGUAGAACCAAGAUAUAGUGACAGGGUGAGCAAACACCUGCUUGAAACCUGAAACUGAUGAUGCAUGGUAGCAUCAUGUUAAGAGGGUGAUGAGGUUAAUGAUAUCAUUUGGAUGGUGGCAGCAACCCAUUUGGUGCAAGUAGAAGCAAUCAUGGCCACCAUUGGGCCUUGGAAUAGUUCAGUCUUACCGAGCAUCACAUUGCUCCUCUGGCCACCACCUCUUUCUUCAAGCUUAUAAGGAUAACCAUUGCAAGUAGUCCCCUUAAGCUCUCUCUCUCUCUCCUCAGGGAAAUGAAAGGAGUGAACUUCUCCUGUGUAUCACCGGCAUCAGCAGCGAUAUGCACGAGCAUAGAUCGGCGGUCGAUGGUCCGAGGGAGCACCGGAAGAGCGGCCGACCGGCACACGGCUCAUCCGAGAGAUCCAAGGAGAGCAAACUCUGCUCUCGGCUCCAUGUCUGGUGCAACCAGAGAGAGGCGAUCUCGCAACCAAAGGAGCAGGAAGAUCUUGGAUAAACCAUCUGAUAUUGUGACUCCGCCGGGCUCCUCGCGAUACUUGUUGAACGAUGAUGACUUCUUCGAUGUUUUCCCGAGCGUGGUGACUGCUGCUCCUCUUCUCUCAGUGGAUCAACCUGUUGUCCUGAAGCCACCGUCUUCUACUACGUCACAAGAACAGGUUGUGCAUCUGAGGGUAUCUUUGCACUGCAAAGCUUGUGAAAUGAAGGUCAGGAAGCACAUCUCGAAGAUGGAAGGCGUGACCUCAUUCAACAUAGACUUGGCAACGAAGAAGGUGACGGUGAUCGGAGACGUGACGCCGCUGGGAGUCCUAGACAGCGUCUCCAAGGUUAAGAAUGCUCAGUUAUGGCCUUCCCUUUGAUCGAAAGUCUUCAUCUAUGUGGAACAGCGUAUGUGUUGUGAGAUCCGAAAACUAGUGGGAAAACUUAUGGUUCUUCUCAUCAAAUCAUUCUGUUCUUUUCCCUGAAAACUUUGCUGCUCAGGCUAAAUUGGGCUGAGGAUCACAGUGGAGAACAAUGCCAAGAAAGAAGCGAGCAACAGGAAUUAAUCCAAGCACCAAACCUUCGAGCUUAGCCAGCUUUCUCUCCCUUGUGAUCCAUGAAUAUAAACCAACCCACAGUUGAACCAGUCCGAUUCCGAGACAUCUCCAGGAAGAAUGCAUGGCAGAGGUGUGCCCACUUGGUGUGCCUUCUGAUAUCAGAGCUAACCUUUGAUUAAUUGAGACAAGGAUGUCAUGCAUCCAAGUCUCUACUAUUUAAUACCUGUUCUUGUCAUGGUAGGACAAGCCAAUAAAUACGCUGAUAACAAUUAUUCCCUUGAGAAUUCUGCCGACAA